GCCACGUCCGCGGUUGCGAGCCCUGCGGUCCGGAGACGGCGGUGCACGGAGCAGGCUCUCGACCGGUGGAGCAAGCCGCGACCGGCAAAGACAUGGACUUGGAUGCUAUUACCAAGCACUCAGCACUCCAUGCGAAGCCCCCCGGCCUCACCUUCCACUAUGGGACUGCUGGAUUUCGGAUGAAGGCCGAGCUUCUGGACCACAUCAUGUUUCGGAUGGGGUUGCUAGCUGCUCUGAGGUCCAAGCAGACCAACGCCACCAUUGGGGUGAUGGUCACAGCCUCGCACAACCCUGAGGAAGACAAUGGGGUGAAACUGGUGGAUCCUUUGGGGGAGAUGCUGGCGCCCACGUGGGAGGAGCAUGCCACACGGCUGGCCAACGCCGAGGACGGAGACGUGGCCCGUGUGCUUGUGGACAUCAUGGAGAAGGAGGCGGUGGAGCUGCCACAGGAUGCUUUUGUGGUGAUCGGCAGAGACACCAGGCCCAGCAGUGAGAAUCUUGGCCAGUCCGUGAGAGAAGGCGUGGCUGCUUUAGGAGGCCAGUUCCACGAUUACGGCCUGUUAACCACGCCCCAGCUGCACUACAUGGUGUGCUGCCGAAACACAGGCGGGCGAUACGGCAAGGCCACGCUGGACGGCUACUACCACAAACUCGCUGCCGCCUUCCUGGAGCUCACCAAGCAGGCUUCCUGCAGCGGAGAUGAGAACGUCUCGGUGAAGGUGGACUGCGCGAAUGGCGUCGGGGCCCUGAAGCUGAAGGAGAUGGAGCCCCGCUUCUCCCCAGUGUUGUCCGUCCAGCUGAUUAACGACGGGACCAAAGGGAAGCUCAAUCAUCUCUGCGGGGCCGACUUCGUGAAAAGCCACCAGAAACCUCCUCAGGGACUGGAAAUGAAGCCCAACGAGAGAUGCUGCUCCUUCGAUGGCGACGCGGACAGAAUCGUGUAUUACUACUGUGAUGUGAACGGUGCCUUCCAUCUCAUCGACGGGGACAAGAUCGCCGUGUUGAUCAGCAGCUUCCUGAAGGAGCUGCUCCUGGAGGUUGGAGAAAUUUUCAAUAUUGGUGUUGUACAAACUGCCUAUGCAAAUGGAAGUUCCACGCGGUAUCUUGAAGAAGUUAUGAAGGUUCCUGUUCACUGCACUAAAACGGGUGUUAAGCAUUUGCACCACAAGGCCCAGGAGUUUGAUAUUGGAGUUUACUUUGAAGCAAAUGGCCACGGCACAGCAUUGUUCAGUAAAGCUGUUGAAGUGAAGAUAAAACAACUAGCAAAACUGGAAGAUAAGAAAGGAAAAGCCGCUAAGAUGCUGGAAAACGUCAUUGACUUGUUUAACCAGACAGCUGGUGAUGCGAUUUCUGACAUGCUGGUGAUUGAGGCGAUCCUGGCUCUGAAGGGCCUGACCGUGCAGCAGUGGGAUGCGCUCUACUCCGAUCUCCCGAACAGACAGGUCAAAGUGAAGGUUGCAGACAGGAGACUGAUUAGCACCACGGAUGCUGAGCGGCAAGCAGUUACCCCACCUGGACUGCAGGCGGCAAUCAACAACCUGGUGAGGAAGUACAGGCUCUCCAGAGCCUUCGUCCGGCCCUCGGGCACGGAAGACGUUGUGCGGGUGUAUGCAGAAGCAGACUCACAGGAAAGCGCGGAUAGCCUUGCACAUGAAGUGAGCCUGGCAGUGUUUGAGCUGGCUGGAGGAAUUGGAGAAAGACCUCAACUGGGUUUUGGAAGAUAAUUUUUAUUUUCUAAGAAACUGAAUUUGUGAAGUUUCUAUAUGCCUGUCACAGCGAUGGCAGUAUUAAUCCUAAUGUUUACAGUGCACAUUACUGGACUGUUUCUAGAUCUGUUUUUCUUAAACACUACCAGAAUAAUUUUUAGAAUUAGGUAAGCCUUAAUACUUACUAUGUCAUCCAGCCCUUAAAUUUAAGGUGUAUGCAGAAUGCUACAAAAUUAAAUUUUAUGGUACUAGAGGAGGUGGUAAUUGCUGCGGCAUCUUCGGUGUGACCUGAGCACGUUCAGCAUUCGCCUGCUGGGAGGGGAGGGAGCCUGUCCGCUACUUACCUGGUAUCUGGCUUCAGCUCUUCUCCCCAAUGGCACGGAUGUGGAGGACCAGUGCCCAUGCCUCUGGAUGCUGAAGUGCUUCCAGAACAUGGUUAGCAGCGGAAAGCAAAAUCCCAGCCUCUAAAAUAAACCAAGCCUGAAGCCAGUAGAAAAAUGUGCAGUGUGUAUUUUGCAGGUUUAAAACAACUCAUAGAUCUCUCCUAGGCACCAUAAUCAAUAGGAGCCAAUAAUAUUUAAACUUGAUUUAGGCCACAUUCAGACAUUAGCUCUUAUUUACAAACAUUUAAAUACAACCUGAAGUGUGUUUUACAUACAAAAGAA